CGCCUGUUGAUCGCAGUACUAGCCCGGGGCCACGGCGCCGCCCCUGCUGGUCAGACCCGCGCACUCGGGGCUCUAAGGCUGCUUGCUGGUCAGCACCUUCUGGUAGUGUGAAGUCCCCGGAAGCUGGCCUACUUCAAAGUGUAUGAGGAAGGUCUAUCUGCGAAGCCAUGGCGCUCCCCUUUCAAAAGGAGCUGGAGAAAUACAAGAACAUCGAUGAGGACGAGCUUCUUGGCAAGCUCUCAGAAGAGGAACUGAAACAGUUGGAAAAUGUUCUAGAUGACCUAGAUCCCGAGAGUGCAAUGCUACCGGCUGGAUUCCGACAGAAAGACCAGACCCAGAAAGCAGCCACUGGCCCAUUUGACCGAGAGCACCUCCUCAUGUAUCUGGAAAAGGAGGCUUUGGAACAGAAAGACAGGGAGGACUUUGUGCCCUUCACAGGGGAAAAAAAAGGGAGAGUGUUUAUCCCCAAAGAAAAGCCUGUAGAAGCUCCAAAAGAAGAGAAAGUAACUCUGGACCCAGAACUGGAAGAAGCCUUGGCCAGCGCCUCUGACACUGAACUCUACGAUCUUGCAGCUGUCCUUGGAGUCCACAAUUUGCUCAACAAUCCGAAAUUUGAUGAAGAAACGACCAAUGGCAAAGGUCACAAAGGGCCUGUAAGGAAUGUUGUCAAAGGUGAAAAGGCCAAACCAGUAUUUGAGGAACCACCAAACCCCACAAAUGUAGAAGCAAGUCUGCAGCAGAUGAAGGCCAACGACCCGAGCCUGCAAGAGGUCAACCUCAACAACAUUAAGAACAUUCCAAUUCCAACCCUGAAGGAAUUUGCAAAGGCUCUGGAGACCAACACCCAUGUGAAGAAGUUCAGCCUAGCUGCAACCCGCAGCAAUGACCCUGUGGCCCUUGCUUUUGCAGAUAUGCUAAAAGUCAACAAGACCUUGAAAAGUCUAAACAUAGAAUCCAAUUUCAUCACUGGCGCUGGAAUCCUGGCCCUGGUGGAAGCCCUGAAGGAGAAUGACACCUUGACCGAGAUCAAGAUUGACAACCAGAGGCAGCAGUUGGGAACAGCUGUGGAGAUGGAGAUAGCACAGAUGCUGGAGGAGAACUCAAGGAUCCUCAAGUUUGGGUACCAGUUUACCAAGCAAGGGCCACGGACAAGAGUGGCAGCUGCCAUCACAAAGAAUAAUGACCUGGUUCGCAAGAAGAGACUUGAAGGAGACCGGAGGUAAAUCUCCCUAAAAGAGGUGAAGUCACACUACACAGCCAUCUGAAAAACAACACAAACUCAUCCUCUUCUCCAUGGGACCAUUUUAUCUAAGACUGUUCGUUUCCGUUAACCAUAAUUCUGUUACUCUUUUUUUUUUUUUUUAGCACUACUUAUUUAUGUGAGAUUCGGAAAUGUGUGUAGCGGUUUGACUUGCUCCUGGACACACCUGGCAGCUCCCACAAAUAGGAUUAUACAGAUCUUAGACAGUGACAAUGCUGGAGAUGAUUUUAACCACUUUCAUAUUGGGUUGUCUUGCUUUCUUCCAUGAACAUUUUUUAGUCAUGGAAUGGGACCUGCCAUGUGUUUGUAGCUGAUUGCAGUAGAGGCCUAUCUCUGUUUACAUGCAUCACUUUGAGUUAGGCUAAGUACAUGAGAAGUGAGUAUUGCCAAUCUUUCACAAACUCUCCGUUAAUUCUAGUAAAAUGUCUCUCGUGCACAUGCCCAACUGACUGAUAGUCAGUGGGAUCCCUCUUAGGAAGCACUUUAACAUAGCAUUAGCAAAUCAACUGUUUAUUACCCAGUGAGUAUAUUGAUAAUUCACGCACUUAUCUUUAUUGAUGAUUAAACAUGAAUUAAACGUA